GCGACGGACGCCGAAGUGGAGAACUACAAGGAGAAGGCCUCAGCCAGGCUGGAGGCUCUGAAUGCUAUCAUCCUCGACCGCUUCGACGCUGGCGAGGACUACGACGAUGCUGUGCUCGAGUUCGCGACCACGCUGACGAUGCUGUUCUGCGCGAGAGGCGUGAAGGCCCAACUCCAGAAGCAGGAGGAGGCCUACGAGCGCGCCGAGAAACGCCUGCAGAAGGCGAACGACGUGCUGGAAGACUUGCAGACGCAGGUGAAGCAGGCCACCAUGGACGUCGACCUGGCCAAGCGCGAUCUCGAUCACAUGACCAAGACGAUUGCCGAGCUGAAGACCCUGAUCCAGUCCGAGAACGAGGCUGCCACGGAGAUCUCGGCGAUGAUGGCCCAGCUGCAGGGCUUCCAGUCCCUCAUCCACCAGAUGCAGUUAUCGGCUGGAGGUGGUCAGAACAUCCCCGUGCCGACCGCCCACGUGACCUUCUCGGCGGGGCCUGCUGGGGCUCCCGAGGCGGCGGGCAGGCCGCCUGCCGCGGCGCCCGUGGACGGCCUGGGCGGGGCGCCAGGGAUGCAGGGGCAGCCGCGCGGACGCCGAGGCUGCCGGGGCAGCUGCAGCGCGUGCGGCUCCAGCGACGCCUGCUGCCGAGGAGCCCGAGGCACGUGCGAGCCGCGCGGAGGCUGGCUCGCGCUCGCCGCGGCGUUCGCCCAGUCGCGCGGCCAGCCGUGGGAGGGCAGCCCAUCGCUCCCAGUCGCGCUCGGCUCCUCGUGGUGCGGCGACGGGAAAC